CAAAAUGCAGAUUUUGUAGUUCUUACUAUUGUAAACACUGGUUUUUGGUGUUUACAUUUGACACAUCACCUGUCAAGUGAAAAAGGGCCAUAUUUGCGUUUUAAAACCUUAUAAGAGGAAUAUUUUAACAACAAAAACAUAUUUAAGAGUUCGUUACACAAAUUAAAGCAUGUUUUAACAAGUUUUACAUAAUGCCAUCCACCCCAGGGAAUAUAAAACCAGUUUUAAGCAAAAAUGGACAAAUAAUGAUAGAAGAUGUUCAAGAUUUAAUACUGUGCAAGCCGCGUUUAAUACCACUUAAAAGUUUCACACUGGAGAAAUUGGAGAAAAUGCAACAGGAGGCGCAAAAAGCGCAAGAGCAAAAAAGUCCAAAGAGCGAAUAGAACAAAUAAUUAAUAAAAAAUGAGCUACAUUCCAUUAGUGUCGAAAAUUUUGGUUUCCUUUCUUAUAUCGUCGUUUGUGCUUUAUAGGUACGGGAAUUGGUACAGGCAUCAUUUGUUUGUUACCUUGGCCGUACUCCUAGCUUGGUUCUGUAGUUUUUGCAUAGUGUUUGCAUUGCCUUUGGAUGUCGUAUCUACUUUGUAUAGACAAUGUUUAGAGAAACAUCCAAAUGACACUGUUUCGGCUUUAAAUAAUAUUACCUCAAAUGUAACGUCCAUUCCAAUAAAACAUUGUUUUGAGCCUUGGAAUCAAGUACCUGAAAAAGUUUUUCCCAAUCUAUGGAGAACCGUUUACUGGAGCACACAAUGCUUAACAUGGUUAAUAAUGCCUAUGAUGCAAUCCUACAUCAAAGCCGGCGAUUUCAGCGUAAAAGGCAAACUGAAAUCGGCCGUCAUAGACAACGCCAUCUAUUACGGCUCUUACCUACUUAUCUGCGGCAUACUUCUUAUCUACUUGGCCCUGAAACCCGGCAUCGACUUGGACUGGCCCAAGCUGAAAGCCAUAGCCUCCUCAGCCAGCAACACGUGGGGCUUGUUCUUAUUGGUGCUCUUACUGGGCCAUGCGUUGGUCGAAGUCCCGCGCAAGCACUGGAAGAACUCGGACCGCAGCUACACUCUCACGCAUCAGUACUUUCUUGCAGCUAAGCUCAGUUCGGAUAAAUGCGAAGCCGAGGAGACGGUCGACGAUGUUUUGGAGUCGUUGCAAGCGGUUUCGCUGGCUGUAAGGCCGGGGCAGAUUUUGCACAGGUGUUUGGAGGAGAUUUUGCGGAAAGUUCCCACCGAGCUGAGGGAUAGGAUGAGCCGGAGGCAGCUGCCUGAUGACACGCCUACUGACAUGCCUACGGAGAAGGCGUUGGUCAGGUUGCAUAAACAGACAAUAAAAUCAUUGCAAGUGCUCCAAAGAACAGAAAAUCAAUGGAACAGACUAGUCACAAAGAUAUUCGAUCUGGAAGACACCUUAAAAAAUCAAAUAUCAAGAGACAGAAGGUUUAAAAGAACAUUUGAAAACGAGAAAGCCUGGUAUUCGAAAUACGAAAUAGCCUCAAUUAUAGAGUGGUAUUGGAAAUGCAUGGUUUACGGAUAUUUUCAAAAAUUCUUGUCCGUUGUUUUUGGCAUUUUAUCAACAUGCGUUGUUUGGUCCGAACUCACCUUUUUCCUUAUCUACCCACCUCUAUCGAUUUUUGCCUGGAUGGUUUACAGGUCCAAAGAAAACUAUACUGAGCAUGCGCUGGACACAAUUGAGCUUGUUUCCACAUGCGUAAUGCUGUACAUGUGUUACUGCGCAUUUUCGACGGUGCUAAAGAUCCGAGUGCUUAACAUCUACUACUUAGCCCCCCACCACCAAACAAACGAAUACAGUUUAAUAUUUUCGGGAAUGAUGCUCAGCAGGCUGACUCCGCCCCUUUGCCUGAACUUCUUAGGCCUCAUUCACAUGGACAGCCACGUGAUUAAGUCACAAGUUAUGGAAACUUAUUAUACACAGAUUAUGGGCCACAUGGAUGUAAUAGGCAUUAUUUCGCACGGCUUUAAUAUUUAUUUCCCAAUGGCUAUACUACUGUUUUGUCUAGCUACUUAUUUUAGCUUAGGUUCCAGGAUUUUAAGUAUGAUUGGUUUUCAUCAAUUUAUUGGUGAUGAUGAAAUGACCACUGAUUUGAUUGAAGAAGGCAGAGAAUUGAUAAAAAGAGAGAAACGAAGAUUACAACGGGCUGAAGAAUCAUCAAACAGACGUAGAGAAUAUCAAGACCGAUUCCAAAAUGCAGGGCGCUACAGGCAAAGAAACAGUACUGACACAAUUCGUGCCAUGGACCGGCAGAUGGAGCCGAUGGAGAACAACACGCGUCAAAUGCUUCGCGACUCGUUCGAAGGCACAAAGUACACUUCCGCCGACGUGGACACGCGGUUUCCGCCCGAAGAUUUGGACGUGGACUCGCGAUUCGGCGCUAGCACGCACGUGCACGAGCGCUUCGACAGUCCCGAAGAUUUCGAGCCGAGGUUCUCCGACGGCUAUCAGUCGAGCGGGGUCGGCCGGGGAAGGGUGGGGAUACCGCCCAGGGGAAUAUUCGAUGAUGUUUAAGGUUGGUAGGUGCAAUAUUAUUUAUUUUUUUUACGCUGGGAGUCAAAAUAGUCAUGUACAAGGUAUGAGACGAAAAAGUUUCAAAUUAUUUAUGAAAUUGAACAAAAUGUUAGUUAUUUAAGAUGAGAUUAUAGAACCGAAAAAUAAUGAAAAAAUGUCAAAAGCUAGGUUUGGCAGUAAUGCAUUUUCUAUUUAAUUUAUUAUUUUAAAUUGGGAUAACAGUGCCAUGUGGUAAUAGCUUAAUUACUACCCUUGUUUUUUAAAGUACUUUUUUAAUUUUUAGCUUUUUUUAACUGCAUUUUUAUUUUUUUAAUAUUAUCGGGUUUUACAAUUUAAUUUUUGUUUGAGAUAAAUUUUAUUGUAAAUUUUAUUUAUUUAACGAAGCUACUAACAUGGUUUAACAUUUUGUUAAUAUUUUUUGUAAACAUUUUAUAAUGCUAGCAAUAAAUCAAUCAGACUACUGCAUUCUCUGUUGCAAUCUAGUGUGCUGUGAAGAAUGCUGUACUCAGAUUGGUUAAUCAAUUCCGAUGAAAACACUUUCUGUAGAAAGUAAAGUUGAAACCCCCCUUAGUUCCGGUAAUAGAUUUGGGUCGUGCUCACUUGAUGUAAUCAUCCAUUUUAUAUAAUGGGUGUCCACUAGUGUAUUCCAAUUUAAUUAUAUUGGAUGGAUUGGAAUCUGACUUUUGUGCAUUUCAUGAAACGGACCGCCGUUUUAUGCUCUUACCGAAAUGUGUUAUAAUUUCAUCAAGUGGAUAGGUGAAAUCAUCCAUUUCAUGAAAUGCAUAUCCAAUUCAUCCACUUAGUGUACAACAAAAUAAUGGAAAAUUUUUUCAUUUCGUGAAUUAAAAGUUUUUAGUAUUACUAAAAUAUAAUUUAAAUAUUUGAAAAGUGAUUAUUAUU